AUGAUAGAAAGAGAAGAAGAAGAUAAAAUAAUAAAUAUUAAAAGAAAUGCAAAAAAAAAUAGAACUGCUAUUCAUAAGGAAUAUCUUAAAAGAAAAAAAGAAGAAGAAGAAAAGAAAGAAAAAUUACUAAAUGAAUUAACAAAUAGUAAUAAAAAUAAAAAACAAAAAUUAUUUGAAGAAAAAGAAAAAGCGAUAAAAUUAAUUGAAAAAAAAUUUAAUAAUAC